AUGCCUGUGUGCUGCCAUGCCUGUGUGCUGCCAUGCCUGUGUGCUGCCAUGCCUGUGUGCUGCCAUGCCUGUGUGCUGCCAUGCCUGUGUGCUGCCAUGCCUGUGUGCUGCCAUGCCUGCGUGCUGCCAUGCCUGUGUGCUGCCAUGCCUGUGUGCUGCCAUGCCUGUGUGCUGCCAUGCCUGCGGCUGCCAUGCCUGUGUGCUGCCAUGCCUGCGUGCUGCCAUGCCUGCGGCUGCCAUGCCUGCGUGCUGCCAUGCCUGUGUGCUGCCAUGCCUGCGUGCUGCCAUGCCUGUGUGCUGCCAUGCCUGUGUGCUGCCAUGCCUGUGUGCUGCCAUGCCUGUGUGCUGCCAUGCCUGUGUGCUGCCAUGCCUGCGUGCUGCCAUGCCUGUGUGCUGCCAUGCCUGUGUGCUGCCAUGCCUGUGUGCUGCCAUGCCUGUGUGCUGCCAUGCCUGUGUGCUGCCAUGCCUGUGUGCUGCCAUGCCUGUGUGCUGCCAUGCCUGUGUGCUGCCAUGCCUGUGUGCUGCCAUGCCUGUGUGCUGCCAUGCCUGUGUGCUGCCAUGCCUGUGUGCUGCCAUGCCUGUGUGCUGCCAUGCCUGUGUGCUGCCAUGCCUGUGUGCUGCCAUGCCUGUGUGCUGCCAUGCCUGUGUGCUGCCAUGCCUGUGUGCUGCCAUGCCUGUGUGCUGCCAUGCCUGUGUGCUGCCAUGCCUGUGUGCUGCCAUGCCUGUGUGCUGCCAUGCCUGUGUGCUGCCAUGCCUGUGUGCUGCCAUGCCUGUGUGCUGCCAUGCCUGUGUGCUGCCAUGCCUGUGUGCUGCCAUGCCUGUGUGCUGCCAUGCCUGUGUGCUGCCAUGCCUGUGUGCUGCCAUGCCUGUGUGCUGCCAUGCCUGUGUGCUGCCAUGCCUGUGUGCUGCCAUGCCUGUGUGCUGCCAUGCCUGUGUGCUGCCAUGCCUGUCGUGCUGCCAUGCCUGUGUGCUGCCAUGCCUGUGUGCUGCCAUGCCUGUGUGCUGCCAUGCCUGCGUGCUGCCAUGCCUGUGUGCUGCCAUGCCUGCGUGCUGCCAUGCCUGUGUGCUGCCAUGCCUGCGUGCUGCCAUGCCUGUGUGCUGCCAUGCCUGCUGUGCUGCCAUGCCUGUGUGCUGCCAUGCCUGUGUGCUGCCAUGCCUGUGUGCUGCCAUGCCUGUGUGCUGCCAUGCCUGUGUGCUGCCAUGCCUGCGUGCUGCCAUGCCUGUGUGCUGCCAUGCCUGUGUGCUGCCAUGCCUGUGUGCUGCCAUGCCUGUGUGCUGCCAUGCCUGUGUGCUGCCAUGCCUGUGUGCUGCCAUGCCUGUGUGCUGCCAUGCCUGUGUGCUGCCAUGCCUGUGUGCUGCCAUGCCUGUGUGCUGCCAUGCCUGUGUGCUGCCAUGCCUGUGUGCUGCCAUGCCUGCGUGCUGCCAUGCCUGCGGCUGCCAUGCCUGCGUGCUGCCAUGCCUGUGUGCUGCCAUGCCUGCGUGCUGCCAUGCCUGUGUGCUGCCAUGCCUGUGUGCUGCCAUGCCUGUGUGCUGCCAUGCCUGUGUGCUGCCAUGCCUGUGUGCUGCCAUGCCUGUGUGCUGCCAUGCCUGCGUGCUGCCAUGCCUGUGUGCUGCCAUGCCUGUGUGCUGCCAUGCCUGUGUGCUGCCAUGCCUGCGGCUGCCAUGCCUGUGUGCUGCCAUGCCUGCGUGCUGCCAUGCCUGCGGCUGCCAUGCCUGCGUGCUGCCAUGCCUGUGUGCUGCCAUGCCUGCGUGCUGCCAUGCCUGUGUGCUGCCAUGCCUGUGUGCUGCCAUGCCUGUGUGCUGCCAUGCCUGUGUGCUGCCAUGCCUGUGUGCUGCCAUGCCUGCGUGCUGCCAUGCCUGUGUGCUGCCAUGCCUGUGUGCUGCCAUGCCUGUGUGCUGCCAUGCCUGUGUGCUGCCAUGCCUGUGUGCUGCCAUGCCUGUGUGCUGCCAUGCCUGUGUGCUGCCAUGCCUGUGUGCUGCCAUGCCUGUGUGCUGCCAUGCCUGUGUGCUGCCAUGCCUGUGUGCUGCCAUGCCUGUGUGCUGCCAUGCCUGUGUGCUGCCAUGCCUGUGUGCUGCCAUGCCUGUGUGCUGCCAUGCCUGUGUGCUGCCAUGCCUGUGUGCUGCCAUGCCUGUGUGCUGCCAUGCCUGUGUGCUGCCAUGCCUGUGUGCUGCCAUGCCUGUGUGCUGCCAUGCCUGUGUGCUGCCAUGCCUGUGUGCUGCCAUGCCUGUGUGCUGCCAUGCCUGUGUGCUGCCAUGCCUGUGUGCUGCCAUGCCUGUGUGCUGCCAUGCCUGUGUGCUGCCAUGCCUGCGUGCUGCCAUGCCUGUGUGCUGCCAUGCCUGCGUGCUGCCAUGCCUGUGUGCUGCCAUGCCUGUGUGCUGCCAUGCCUGUGUGCUGCCAUGCCUGUGUGCUGCCAUGCCUGUGUGCUGCCAUGCCUGUGUGCUGCCAUGCCUGCUGUGCUGCCAUGCCUGUGUGCUGCCAUGCCUGUGUGCUGCCAUGCCUGUGUGCUGCCAUGCCUGUGUGCUGCCAUGCCUGCGGCUGCCAUGCCUGUGUGCUGCCAUGCCUGCGUGCUGCCAUGCCUGCGGCUGCCAUGCCUGCGUGCUGCCAUGCCUGUGUGCUGCCAUGCCUGCGUGCUGCCAUGCCUGUGUGCUGCCAUGCCUGUGUGCUGCCAUGCCUGUGUGCUGCCAUGCCUGUGUGCUGCCAUGCCUGUGUGCUGCCAUGCCUGCGUGCUGCCAUGCCUGUGUGCUGCCAUGCCUGUGUGCUGCCAUGCCUGUGUGCUGCCAUGCCUGUGUGCUGCCAUGCCUGUGUGCUGCCAUGCCUGUGUGCUGCCAUGCCUGUGUGCUGCCAUGCCUGUGUGCUGCCAUGCCUGUGUGCUGCCAUGCCUGUGUGCUGCCAUGCCUGUGUGCUGCCAUGCCUGUGUGCUGCCAUGCCUGUGUGCUGCCAUGCCUGUGUGCUGCCAUGCCUGUGUGCUGCCAUGCCUGUGUGCUGCCAUGCCUGUGUGCUGCCAUGCCUGUGUGCUGCCAUGCCUGUGUGCUGCCAUGCCUGUGUGCUGCCAUGCCUGUGUGCUGCCAUGCCUGUGUGCUGCCAUGCCUGUGUGCUGCCAUGCAUGCUUCCUAUCCCAAGGGUUCACAGGCCUGACUCGUUCCUCCUGCCUGUGGGUCACGGGAGAGUGGCAGUGCCAUCCCUCCCACCCAAGUGAACCCCCGCAUUCGUGCUUGGAAGUCCGGCUUGGUUCCCUCCACUCCACUACCCACACUGAGUCAGCACCUGCUGCUGCGCACAUGCUGCUGCGCACAUGCUGCUGCGCACCUGCUGCUGUGCACCUGGUGCUGCGCACCUGCUCAGUGUGGGCAGUGGAGUGGAGUGGAGUGAACCAAGCCGGACUUGGUUCCCUCCACUCCACUGCUCACACUGCGUCAGCAUCGUGUGGUGCUGAGGGGGAUGGAGGCGCGGCUGCGGCAACUGUGGGCGUAUGGGGUGGCAUCAGGGCACCUUCCCUCACACCCUCACCUCCACCAGCCUCUGCUGUGUACCCCGAUUCAGCAUGCAACAUGAGGCCCGCACGAGCAACAGCCAUCCCUGCUGAUUGCUUUGCUGCCCCUCCUGCCAUCCCUCAACCCUCUCCCUGUUCUGCUCGCCCCUCCCCUGGGAAUGUUUCCAACCCGUUCUGCACCAUGGCAUGCUGCCGUGGAUGGUAUGGCAUGGGUGCAUGGCAUGGGUGCAUGACAUGGGUGCAUGGCAUGGGUGCAUGGCAUGGGUGCAUGACAUGGGUGCAUGGCAUGGGUGCAUGGCAUGGGUGCAUGACAUGGGUGCAUGGCAUGGGUGCAUGGCAUGGGUGCAUGGCAUGGGUGCAUGGCAUGGGUGCAUGGCAUGGGUGCAUGGCAUGGGUGCAUGGCAUGGGUGCAUGGCAUGGGUGCAUGGCAUGGGUGCAUGGCAUGGGUGCAUGGCAUGGGUGCAUGACAUGGGUGCAUGGCAUGGGUGCAUGGCAUGGGUGCAUGGCAUGGGUGCAUGGCAUGGGUGCACGGCAUGGGCGCAUGGCAUGGGUGCAUGGCAUGGGUGCAUGGCAUGGGUGCAUGGCAUGGGUGCAUGGCAUGGGUGCAUGGCAUGGGUGCAUGGCAUGGGUGCAUGACAUGGGUGCAUGGCAUGGGUGCAUGGCAUGGGUGCAUGGCAUGGGUGCAUGGCAUGGGUGCACGGUAUGGGUGCACGGCAUGGGUGCACGGCGUGGGUGCAUGGCAUGA